AUGUGGGACUUUGUACAAGUCGUUGUGGUGGUGACACGUGUCAUGGAGAUUAGGUUUAGCAGUUUGAGAGAAUCGGCAGUCGGGAGCUUCGGCAGGUGUCUGGCACCUUGGAAAAGUGACUUCCUUCGGCAGGGGAGAAGGCGUGGCUGCCUUGGUGCUAUUUGUUUUGAGGCUGGAUAUGCUCGGUUGAUUAUGGUGUAA